UAUUUCAGAAUAUCUGGGGCGAAUAAAAAAAACUGUGUUUUCGGACUUCAUAUUUUAUCAUCCCCCGCAUUUUGGACUCGGACUCCACGCUUGGCCACGUGCUCCUCCUUUCCAGGGGACCAUGGACCACCACACGUACGCCAAGAGCGGAUCCAAAAAGUGGACCGCGGAUGAGAAACGCGACUUGGUGGCGCAACGGAUUGCCGCGGAUGAGCUAUUCUCCAGAUAUUCACCGAAACACGCGGAGCCAUGGAAGAAAUUCAAGGACAUGGCCAAGAUCGGCGACUUCAGCGAGAUAGCGCUGCGCAAGCAAUGGUUUUCCAUGGUGCAGCGCUACCGCAUCCACAAGGCCAACACGCUGGGCGCCCCGCUGACCAAGCAGAGCAUCGAGGAGCUGAACAAGGAGUGGGAGUUCUUCGGCCCCAUCCACGCCUACAUGAACCAGAAGACCGCCGACCUGCACUCGUACGCGCUCAAGGAGCCGAAUGUGGAGCCACCCAACAACAAUCUGGCCAUCGCCAGUGUCUACUCCUGCGACGAGUCCCAGCUCUCGCCCCUCAUGCUGGGCGUCCUCAAUGACCACAACUUUGGCGAACGCUCGCCGCCCAACGAGGGCGGCGGCGGCGGUGACACCGAUGACAUGGACGAGUCCGCGUCGCCCUGCCAUCGGAGUAAUAGCAACAAAGACAGCCACAUACCCAGCAACAACGAUGAACUGGACAAGCUGCUGGCCGAGGCCACCAUGCGCAAGGAUGCGGAGAGCAGCGGCGGCGGCGGCGUUGAUGGCGAGGAUGUGUGCAUGCUCCAGCUGGGCAGCACCACCUGCCACGAGGUGGAGUGCGGUCCAGUGAUGAUCGGGGGCGAGGUGUCGCUCUCCAACAGUCGGUACAACGACUUCGAGGAGUCGGCGAUGCCCGCAACAACGGUGGUGAAGACCGAGCAGCUGGAGCAGCAGCAGAGCGAUCCGGCGGUGGCCAAGAUGGCCAGGAAACGCCGCCGCAAGGUGCUCAGCGAGAAGGACAAGUAUUACAGGCACCGCCGUCACUACGAGCAGCGGAUGGAGAAGCGUCUGAUGGGUCUGUGCACCGUGGUGGGUCAGCUGCUGAAGCAGUUUGCGCCCCACAUGGAUGUCCAGCCUCUUUUGGCUCUGGGCAGCGACAUGGUCCUCAAUUCGCCGACACCCAGUAGCAGUGAUGAGAGCGGGAACGAAAACGAGGCGGAGGAGCAGGAAGUGGAGGAACAGGAGCUGGGAAUCGAUGCGGAUGGCAUCGGAUCACUCGGAGUUUAAGCGGGCAUUCACUUAACCACCACGUGAAUGAUGCUCCUCCACGGGACUAUCCUCAACUAUUAGUUCCUAGUGGAGUCGUGUGUGCGUUCAACAAAUCCCAUCUCAAAUGUAUUGCGAACUAAAGAAAAGCGCGCAGACUUUACUUGCGCUGUUUAGAUAGAUAGACACGCUAAGUGAUUACGAAAACUGAAUACAUUAAUCAACUGAAAGAAUGUAAGCACUAGAUAAGCAGAAACCAAAUACAAUACGUAUGGAAAUGUAA